AUGGCUGAUCAGGAAGCACAAUCUCCUAACCCGGACUCUACAUCUACCCCUACCAAACAGAAGCGUACUCCUCCCAAGCUUGGAAAGAAGUCCCCUGCCAAACAAGAACAGACUCCACCUCCUUCAGAGCAAGGACAGGACGAGAAACCAGAGUCCAAGGAGGAUAAGACCGAGGAUAAGCCCGAGCAAGAGCAAGAACAAGAGCAAGGAGAAGAACCAGAGCAGGAAAAAGAAUCAGAGGAAAAGCAAGAACCCGAACCUCGCAAGCAAGAGCCAGACUCGGACGACGAGAAAAACGAAGACCAGAACAACGCUCAGCCUGAACCUGAACCAGAACCUCAGCCUCAACCUGAACAACGUCGUCGCCGACGUCCCCGUCCUCAGCGUAAUCAAGAGUCUGACGUCGAGUCUGUCAAACGCAGCGAUAUGGAGGGUCAACAACAACAACCCCGUCAGCGCACCCGUCGCACCCGUCAACCCCAGCAACAGCAACAGCAAGGUGGAGGUCCCCUUGACGCUCUUGGUGGUGGCGGCGUAGACCAAGCAGGCCAAUUAGUCCAGAACACCGCUGGUAAUGCUCUGAAUGGUGUCACCGGGUCAGCAGGCAAGGCUGUCGGUGGUGUUCUCGGCGGUGGACAAGGACAAAAGGAAGAAAAGGACGACGGUGGUCGUGACGAGCAGCUGCGUCUGCGACUGGAUCUUAAUCUGGAUAUUGAGAUUCAACUCAAGGCGAAGAUUCACGGUGAUUUGACUCUAGGAUUACUUAAUUAA